AUGUAUCAACCCUGGCCUGGACUGAGGUACACUACACAGAGUUAUAAUGUUAAUUUGAACCAUGUUUAGUGUAUGGUAUUUGUUGUCAUCUUGACACAUUGUCAAACUGUAACCAAAAAGUUUCUAGAUCACGGUUGCUAUCGCAGCAGGUUCACAGGAAAGACUGGUACAGGAAAGUGGUCUGGCUGUUGUUGGGACACGUGACUGAGAAAAGACUGCGCUGAUCUGUUUUGACCCGGGGACAUUGCUAGAGAGAGGGGUAGAGAGCACAACAACGAGUUUAAUGAUAAGAAAAAGCACACAAUAUAAUUUUGUUGCGAACGGUAUGCGCCUGUACUAUGUUAUUGAGUUGGACGAAGUUCGCUAGUCAGCGAAACGUUGUUUUGGAAGAAGGAAAAAAGCUCGCUAGCCACUGCGACAAGUUGGAAAAUAAAUGGUCAGCUUGUUUUCUGCCAAACUUUUGAUUUGAGAGAAAGCUAGUCAACAAUAACUAUGUAACUGACACGGGUCGUGGCUACUUUACCUCACUAUGUUUCAAGACAACAAGUGGAACUGAUGCUUCUGGACAAUACGGCGAUUAGCUAAAGUUGGCUGUUUUUCCAGAAUGAUCGGUUGAACGAGGUCCGGAGCCCAUUGUUAUCGGAGGUGAUCACUCUACCUGCGGGUGGGGUGUUUUGUUUGAGAAGGUCGGCAUCAGAUCAGAUGCCUGUGUGUUGUUUUUUUGGUCAGCUAGCUAAAGCCACGGUAGCUAAGCCAAAUAGGUGAGGUUACAGUAGCACAGCAAGCUGAGAGAGAUGCUUCGUGACGGGACUACUGUCGUGGUUUUGGUGGUGGAAUUUGAGACGUUUAUUUUUGGGGGGUGGACAGUCAGAUUGUCAGCUCAAUGCCUUGUUGGCUAGCCAGGUGGUUGAUGAAGCAAUAACUCGGAGCUAAUCUAAUGUUUGACGGUCAGAUUUAGCUAGCUAGCUCAACUGUUCGUUGGCCAGUUAACAGUGGAUCUGACUCGAUGGACCUGUACAGUAGCAGUUUGGUAACAAAGCCUUGCUUUGUCGGGUAAAUCAGGGGGCGAUUGGCAGCAUACAGGCUACCCAGCUGGUAUUGUUGCUUAAUGCAAUAAGUCAGCAAUCCUUUGGAAGAUUUGGAUCCGCACAGUCACACACAGCAGUAUAUUGCUGUCAGGGCUGUGUGGACGGGAGUCUUCAGACCGAAGACAGACAGAGGCUGCCAGAUUCCCAGAGGGAUCGAGAUGACACUGGCUAACAUGAAACCAGGGCGAGAUGUGGUGACGGAGGAGUUCUUUGAGUACGAUGCUGAGGACUUCCUGGUGUUCCUGACCCUGUUGAUCAGAGGACGGACCCCAGAAUGUUCUGUGAAGGGUCGCACAGAGGGGCUGCACUCCCCUGCAAAGUCCGCCCUGCCGCCCCUACACAGGCACGAGUGCAGCGACAAACUGCCACAGUGUGUGCAGGCGCGGCGUGUGCGCUCGGAGGUGUGUGUGUUGUGGAGGAACAGUAUUCCCAUCAUGGUGGAGGUGAUGCUGCUGCCAGACUGUUGCUAUGGAGACGAGAGUCCCCCUAGUGACCCCAUCAGUGACCCAGCGAUCAAACAAGAUGCUCUGCUACUGGAGCGAUGGACUCUGCAGCCUGUACCACGACAGAGCGGUGAUAGGUUUAUAGAGGAGAAGACUCUGCUGUUGGCUGUUCGUUCCUACGUCUUCUUCUCCCAGCUCAGUGCCUGGCUCAGUGCUUCUCACGGCAUUGUACCCCGAAACAUCCUGUAUAGGAUCAGUGCAGCAGAUGAGGAGUGUGUCUGUCAGUUCUCCCAGCCCCCAGCGGAGCACCUGUUCCCUGUCCCUAACGUGUCUCAGAGUGUUGCCCUGAGGCUCAGGGUCCAGUCACUCCCCCGUCAGCCCACCUACCCCACCCUGGCCUGUAGCAUACACACCGGCCUGACCCUGGCCCCACUCUACAGCAAGACCCCCAGCCUUAAGCCCAACCUCAGCCCUAACCUCUACAGCAAGACACCUAGCCUUAACCCAGGCCUGAACCCUAACCCGACUCUGUACGAGAGGAGCCACAACAGAGCGGCUCUGCCUUUCUCUGGCCUCCCCUUCCCCAGUCCUGCCAGUCUCCCCUGCCUAGUAAGAGAGGCCCGGACCCCACAGACAGCCAUGGUCAUUCUAGCCAGAAUGGAUCAGACCUCCCCGGACCCCUCCAAUGACAUCACCCACACCACAGAGGAUUAUGGGAAGGCCGUCAACGGGGCCGAGAGCUCCAAGGGGCGUGGCUCCGAAGCCCUCCGGGCCUUUAAGACUUAUUCUUUGGCAGAGCCCCCACGGUGCCCCUCCCCCAGACCCUCCUCUGAGACCAAUCCUCUGAUUGGCUCGCUGCUCCAGGAGAGACAGGAAGUCAUCGCCCGCAUCGCUCAGCGCCUCAACUUUUGCGACCCGACCGCCCCCAUCUCCCCCCUGCCCUCUUCACCCCUGACACCCCCACUAAGAACCCUGUCCGGGGCAGUUACCUUGUCUUCUUCUCUAGUCAUCCCACGGCCUCUACCCCAGCCACAGUCUUCUCCUCUAGUCAUCCCACGGCCUCUACCCCAGCCCCAGGCCUCUCCAAUACUCAGCCCCAAGAGUCCCAGGGCCAAGACCCCAAAGAGUUUACACCCCAACCGCCCCCAAGAGGAGCCCAGCCCCUCCUCUCCUAAAGAUAACAUCCUGAGGACCAUCCAGACCCUAACAGUGACCCAGACCACCACCCUGACCCAGACCACUGCACAUACCUUGACCACCAAGCUCACCCACACCCAGACCACUGCUCUCAUCCAGAACCACAUGAAACCUCUGACUCACAACCAGACCCAGACAGUCUCUCGAACUCCGACCUCACGGACUCAGGGCAGCCCUCGAACCCAGACCUCUAGUCUCCAGGAUGAGAACCAGCCCCCCAGGUUCCAAGUCCCCCAGCCCCCUGGUCCUGCUACCACACCCCUUGGCACAGAGCCCAACACUGUCCUGCGUUCUCCCUCGCCCCUGAGACCGUGUAACAGUCGGAGGAAACACAACCGUCACUCUCUGGACUCCACCCUCACCAAGGCCUUCCACCCCUGUACCGGCCUGCCCCUGCUCUCCAGCCCUGUUCCUCAGAGGAGAACUCAGACUGGUUACUUUGACCUGGACUCUUCUCUGACCAGCUGUAAAGGACUGCCCUGGACCGCAGGGAAGAGAGUGUGUGUGAAGAGAGUGGAGGAGUCAGAAGAACCUCAGCCGCUGUUCAGUGCCAGUGCUCCACCUGCCAGCCUCAGUCUACUGGGCAACUUUGAGGAGUGUGUGUUGAACUACCGCCUGGAGCCGUUGGGGUCGGUGGAGGGUUUCAUGGCCGAGGUGGGUGCUUCCGGAACCUUCUGCCCCAGUCACAUGACCUUCCCCGUCGACGUUUCCUUCUACAGCAUCUCUGACGACAACGCACCCUCGCCAUACAUGGGAGUCAUCAACCUGGAGACUCUGGGUAAACGGGGCUACCGCGUCCCUCCAUCAGGAACCAUUCAAGUGACCUUAUUUAACCCCAAUAAGACGGUGGUGAAGAUGUUUGUGGUGGUGUAUGACCUGAGAUCCAUGCCUGCUGGCCACCAGACCUUCCUCCGUCAGAGGACCUUUUCUGUCCCCGUUCGACGGGACAGCACACACUCACACAAACAUGGCAUCCCAGACAACACACACACACCCGGCAGCAGCAGGAAAGCCCUUUCCCUCGGCCAGGAACGCAUCCUGCGCUACCUCAUUCACCUGAGGUUCCAGACCUCCAGGUCAGGUAAAGUGUACCUCCACAGGGAUAUCAGACUGCUGUUCAGUAGGAAGUCUAUGGAGGUAGACAGUGGAGCAGCCUACGAACUCAAGUCCUACACAGAGUCCCCAGCUGACCCAGCCUUCUCCCCGCGCUGCUGACACACACACACACUCCUCUAUCUGCACUUACACACACACACACACCUCUAUCUGCACUGACACACACACACACACUCCUCUAUCUGCACUGACACACACACUCCUCUAACUACACUGACGUAUACACGCACACCCACAGAGCUGUCAGAGAGCUGGGCUCAGAGCGUUCUCGUGUGGAACAGUCCAGACAGGCUCUGUCCCAGAUACCUAAUGCCUGGAGAUUUUGCUGACCAUCUGACCAUGAACAACUCCUGGCCCUACAGAACCCUGCUGUUUUCUGUGAUGCUCAAACACGUCUUUAUACAUGUAGAAAAUGUAUUAAAAUCAUGCUAAAACACACAUCAAAAACACAUUAGCGACCAUGGACCACUGACUGACCAGAACAAGCAAUCAAGAGACUGAGAAAAUUACAAGAAGACAUUGAAAAAGCGCACUGUGUAUUUCCACGACUGGAAAUCAAAAGGAGGAAUAUUCUGUUUUUUUUGUACUGUUACAAAAACAAAUAUUUUAAGUGUUGCAAUAGAGAGUAACAUGUAGCUUUAGUGUUUACAUAAUUUUCUUUGUUUACCGUCAGUUAUUUAAUAUUUAAAUGAAUAUUUCAGUUACUGCUUAUGUGACAUCUAUCAUCCUCAGCAUUAUGAUCUAGUGCAAAACUCUGUAAAUCAUAAUGUGUAUUUUUGACAUGAACUCAGAUCUGAAAAUAUAUCUAUAUCUUAAAGCAAUCUUGAAAGCUG